CGAUACUUCUCUCUAGCAUACACACUCAGAUCAAGCACGCCAAACUCGCAGCUUGGAGAGCCAGUCUCGUGUCACCUUCUUAGCAGCUAGGAGCUUUCACGCAUUCAACAUAUCCAUCUGCCACCAUGGGCGACAUCCUCACCCAAAUCCAAGAUGAACUGGACAUGCUCCUAAACCAGAUGUCCGCCGCUCUCCGCCAAAUCCGCGAAAAUGCCCCACCAAGCGUCCCGGAAGGCCAGCAGCCCCUCGAAACCUUUGCUCAACUAGAAGCUCGCAACGCCGCCGAAAACACACAACAAAACCCUACCGCAGACCCCUCACAACAACCAAUCGCAGCCCCACCUAAACCGUCUCCAGAGCAGUUUCAAGCAGAUCUCAAAGAAAUGGCACAAGACAUUACGUUGAAGGAGCAGCAGAUUGAGAGGUUGAUUGCGCAUCUACCAGGCUUGAAUUGGAGUGAAAGGGAGCAGGUGGAUAGGAUGAAGGAGUUGGAGAGGCAGUUGGAGGAUCUGGAGGGGGAGAGGGUAAAGGCAGUCAAGGAUAAGGAUGUCUUGAUGAAGAUGGUGGAGGAUAAGAUAACGGGCGUAGGGAGGGUCAGAUGAGAUCAUGAUCUGGAUGGAGCAGGCGUUUUUGGGACCGCAACCGUCUACAUUUCACACUUGAACCUCAGGUUAAGUCGCGUAUAUCGACCCAUUGCCGAAGGAGAUAUCACCACGAAGGCCUUGCGACCGUCUGCUAGCUACAGUGCCGCCAGCCUAUCUUCCGUUGCGGCAGCACGGAUUACGGUGGAUGUUCAAGCAGCACGCGAUUUUGUACCACUAUGGUGAUACUAUCAGCUGCGUCGAACUCAGCACUUUGCUAUGACAUAAUUCGGUCAUAAAGAGACUGAUCACCGCGCCUCAGGAUGGCAUGUCAUCCGCCUGGCCUUUCGAGGCAAGGCAUAAGUCAAGCCCUUCACUAGAUCACAAAUGUACUGAUGGUCAAG